ACAAUUUGUUGUAGUCGGGUAAAUGUUUCGUUAGGACACAAACAGUGACAGAUGGCGUGUUAGCAGCAACGUACCGAGAAGUGAGCGUCAUUUCGUUCUCUGUCAAAAAAGGCUCUCUGGAUUUUACUGACGUUAUUUAGGGCAACACAAAAAUCCAAGGUCCCUUACAGACUCCUACAAUGGACGCUCUGCAACGGAAAGUGCUUAUGGAGGACAUGGUCCAAUACAAACUUUUCUUGGUCCAGUCGGACAAAUUAACUUUAAAGCAAACUGAAGAACGCCUCCUUCAUUUAGUAGAGAAGAUUUUGGCAGAGGUUGCCCCACUCCUGAUCCAGUAUAUCUGGCAGCACCAGUCAUUUAACCUCAGGUUUUAUCCCGAGAAAGGAGGUUUUCCUGCUCAUAUCGGAGGUGCCACUCAUUUUGGGGACAAUGUGGAAGAUGAGUGGUUUAUAGUAUUUCUUCUCCAGCAAAUCACCCAGGCCUUCCCAGAUCUCGCAGCCAGUGUUUAUGACAACGAUGGUGAAUUUAUUCUGAUUGAAGCAGCUGAUUAUCUUCCUAAGUGGCUGAAUCCAGACACCAGUGAAAAUAGGGUCUUCCUCUAUAGGGGAGAACUGCAUAUUCUGCCUUGCCCUUCUGCAUCCAGUCCAGUGGGGGUCUCAAAAGAUAUUGUACCCAGUGUCGCACAAGCUCUAGCAAUGCUCUCCAACCACUCAGAGGCCUGUCGAGCAAGUUUAAAGAUUUGUUCAGCACUGAGGAAACGACUGGAGGGGUACCCUGAGAGGAUUCAAAUGGGUCUCCACCGUGCCCACUGCUUCAUACCUGCCGGUAUUGCCAGGGUGUUGGCACAACGACCAGACCUGGUGGCCCCUGCAGUGUCAGCUUUCUAUCUGCGCGAUCCAGUAGAUCUGCAGGCCUGCAGAAGCUUCAAGAUCUUUCCUGCUGAUACAAGAGUUCUAGCCUUGGUUACAUUCACCCGUUGCCUCUAUGCCCAGCUAUGUCAACAACCGUUCACCCCUGAUCGGAGGAGCCAUUUCAACUUGCCUCCUCGCUCUCAUCCCCAGUAUAAAGCCCAUGACCUUGGCAUGAAACUGGCCCACGGCUUUGAGAUCCUGUGUUCAAAGUGCCAGAUGCCUUCAUCAGAGCCUAAUGCACCUGUCAGUUGUAACCCUCAGUGGAAAGGCUUCAUGGAUAGUCUGAAAACAAAUGGCUAUUUCCAGGGAGAACUGGAUGGUUCAGCUCGUUACAGAGAACUAACAAAGUCAGCAGAAAACUUUUUCAAACAGUCUGUCGUCUCCAAAUCAAGUGCUUUGACACCAGGUGAAGAGAUUCUCCAGCUGUUGCACAACAGCACUUCUCCCAGUCUGGAGGAGCUGCAGAAACAGGAAUCACACCUCCCCCCAGAGGACAGUGAGAGUUGGCUUGAUAUCACAGCCCAGGAUUUGGAGCGUAUAUUGCAGGAGAGGAGGGAGGGUCGAGCUAAGGCUGGCAGCCAAAACUCUACUUCCACCAGAGAGUUACAGCAACAUGUGAAGGGUCCAGAGAAGAGCGUUAAAGACGAAGAUGAGACUGGUUACAGCCUGGUAGCUGUCAGUCAGGGGAUGAAGGAUUUCCUCAAUGCCAUGUCGUCACAUGAAGGUGCUGAACUGCCCUGGAGCAGCUCAACUGAACCUUUUAGUUUUGACCCCGACACGAUGGCGAGUGCAGUAGACAGACUGCUAGGAGGCAAAGAUGACGAACUAGAUUCAGAUGAUCUAGAUGAUGAUGAUGAUGAUGAUGAAGAGGAGGAGGAAGAAGACAAUGAUGAGGCUUCCUCUGGUCACAUAGAGAUGAAUGGGACAGAAGCCUUGGACAGUCUUAAAAGCUACAUGGAUCAAAUGGACCAGGAGCUGAUGAGCACUAAUAUAGGACAGAGCUUUAAUCAAACGAAUUACAACAGCAAAGAUUUGGGCAACGGCUCUUCACAUUCUGCUACAGACAGUUCCCCAGGAGCGGCCGGGCCUGAGGACGCAGAGGAGGAGAUCCAGCCUCUAGAUGUUGACUUCAACUUGGUCACAAACCUGCUGGAGUCUCUCAGCUGCCAGGCUGGACUGGCCGGACCAGCCUCCAACCUGCUGCAGAGCCUGGGUUUACACCUGCCUCCCAACUCUGAUAGCUCCUGAAACACUAGUAGCUACUGCUACGCAUCUAACAAUUUUAUCUUACAUGCGUACGAGAGAGGUUUCAUCAGGUUUACAGUGGGUUUCAACAGAUGCGACUUUGUGUAAUGUGUGGAUACUUUAAUAGAAUUCACAUUCACUUGUUGAAAAUAAAUAUUUUUGCAAAUAAUCUUA